AUGACUAAAACUGAUGUUCUUGACGAGUUUGAGUGUCAGCUAAAAUGUAUGGGAAAUGGCAGUUGCAAAUCGUUUAAUGUCCAUCACAAAAGCAAUAAUACGAAGCGCAUUUGUGAGCUGAACAACAUAACAUGGCAGAUGAACCCGGAUGAUUUCAAACAGAAGAAAGGAUCCACGUACUUUGGAUCUGUUCAGGCCACAUGCGUCCAUGUUUUCCAUGAAAACAAUGAACAAAUAAAUGGCAGCAAGUGUCGUCCAGGAUACAAAGGAGAAAGGUGUCAAAUACCUUCUAAGAGCUGUCUCGAAAUUUACAAGUCUGGCUAUAAGAUGAGUAGAGUGUAUUACAUCGAUCCUGAUGGUUUGGGUGAAUUUAAAGUCUUCUGUGAUCAGACGACGGCUGGGGGAGGAUGGACGGUGUUUCAAAAGAGAUUUGACGGCACUGUAGAUUUCUUCCGCACCUGGGAUGACUACAGACAGGGCUUCGGCAAUCUGAACGGCGAGUUUUGGCUCGGGCUGGACAAGAUUUAUCGCCUGACUGCGAGCAGCAGUAACAAGCUUCGUGUUGACUUGGAAGACGUCCGUGGUGGAAGGGCAUUUGCAGAGUACCAGUCAUUUUCUGUGGCCAAUGAGGAAGAGAAAUAUUUAUUAAUAUUGGGAAGUUAUUCAGGCUCUGCAGGUGAUUCUCUUGCAUAUCAUCGUGGCCUACAAUUUAGCAGCAAAGAUCAGGAUAAUGACAGAUCCCAACACAACUGUGCUUCAUCCAUGAAAGGCGGCUGGUGGUACAACAGUUGCCAACACUCAAACCUAAACGGUUUGUACCGAAAAGGACAAAGUGGAUCAACGGUAAUGCGCUGGAAUCGCUGGAGAGGCAGUGAGUCUGUCGAAAGAUCAGAGAUGAAAGUUCGUCAAAAUGACUCCUAA